GUGAGAAACGCCCUAAGUCGGCAACACUUGUUUAAAAUUCUUUUAUCAAUUGGAUUAUUAUUCCCAACUUUUAUUUUACUUUCAAUUUGGGGAUUCAAGUUCUGAUUAAUUAAAUCACCUUUUCGCAAGUUAGGGUUUCAACUACGCUUCAAGUUUCUUACGUCGAAUUACUCGCUAUUUUGCUGGAGUAAAUCAUAAUGGCAACUCUUGCUGAUUCUUUCUUGGCCGAUCUGGAUGAUUUAUCAGACAAUGAAGCUGAUGUCGUGGUGGAAGGAGAUGCUGAUGCUGACAACAUGGAGGAGGAUAUAGACGGAGAGUUAGCUGACAUAGAAUCUCUGAAUUAUGAUGACCUUGAUAGCGUUUCCAAACUACAAAAAUCUCAACGUUACACUGAUAUAAUGCAGAAAGUUGAAGAUGCAUUGCUAAAAGGUUCAGAGAUUCCUGAACAUGGAAUAGUUUUGGAAGAUGAUCCCGAAUAUCAGCUGAUUGUUGACUGCAAUGCUUUGUCAGUGGAUAUUGAGAAUGAGAUUAUUAUUAUCCAUAAUUUUAUCCGUGACAAGUACCGUCUAAAGUUUCCUGAGCUUGAAUCCCUCGUUCAUCACCCCAUUGACUAUGCACGUGUUGUGAAGAAGAUUGGUAAUGAAGUGGACUUGACCCUAGUUGAUCUGGAAGGGCUGCUGCCUUCUGCCAUCAUUAUGGUUGUUUCAGUCACUGCUUCAACCACCAGUGGUAAGCCACUUCCAGAGGAUGUUUUACAGAAGACUGUUGAGGCAUGUGAUCGUGCAAUUGAGCUUGAUUCAGCAAGGAAAAAAGUCCUUGAUUUUGUUGAAAGCAGAAUGGUAUAUAUAGCACCUAAUCUUUCAGCUAUUGUUGGGAGUGCUGUUGCAGCAAAACUAAUGGGGACUGCUGGAGGUUUGGCCUCAUUAGCUAAGAUGCCAGCUUGUAAUGUUCAGCUUCUUGGGGCCAAAAGGAAGAAUUUGGCAGGCUUUUCGACUGCAACAUCUCACUUUCGUGUUGGCUAUAUUGAGCAGACAGAGGUAUUUCAGAGUACGCCCCCUCCUUUGAGAAUGCGUGCAUGUCGUCUUUUGGCUGCAAAGUCAACCCUUGCAGCUCGAGUAGAUUCAACGAGAGGAGAUUCAACUGGCAAGACUGGAAGGACAUUACGAGAAGAUAUCCGUAAAAAGAUCGAGAAGUGGCAAGAACCUCCACCUCCUAAGAUCCCAAAACCUCUUCCCGUGCCUGAUUCAGAACCUAAAAAGAAAAGAGGUGGGCGAAGGCUAAGGAAGAUGAAGGAAAGAUAUGCUGUCACAGAUAUGAGGAAAUUGGCUAACAGAAUGCAGUUUGGUGUGCCUGAAGAGAGUUCUCUAGGUGAUGGUUUGGGAGAAGGAUAUGGUAUGCUUGGUCAAGCUGGAAGUGGGAAGUUACGUAUGUCUGCUGGUCCAAGCAAGCUUGCAGCAAAAGUUGCUAAGAAAUUCAAGGAAAAGCGCUACGGAAGCAGUGGUGUUACCUCAGGGUUGACUUCAAGUUUGGCAUUUACCCCUGUGCAGGGCAUUGAACUUUCAAAUCCUCAGGCUCAUGCACAUCAAUUUGGUAGUGGAACUCAGAGUACAUAUUUUUCUGAAACAGGCACAUUUUCAAAAAUCAAGAGUAACUUGAGUAGAAUAUGAGCUUCCACAGGUAUUCAAAUGUUUGCCCGUAUCAGUUUAGUGCUUUAUGGAGAGUGCAAGUUUACUAUGGAAAUUGAACAUCCUCAAACAAAUGUUCUCAACUAUCAGUGUAACAUUAAGCUACCAGGUUAAGAUUGCAAAAUUUUGUAGCAAUUGUUAUCUUCGAGGUAGAAAAAUCUAAUUUGUCUAUCUUCAGCACAUGUACAUGACUUUAUGAAUCUCACUAUGUUUAAAACAUAUUUUGAACCUGAAUUGCCAAGAAGUAUAAAAAUUAUGUUCAUGAAAA